AUGACUCGUAAGGGUGUUUUAUGCUAUGAUUAUUUAGAUUCUAUAGAAAAAUUAAGUGAGACGGAGCUUCCUCCAAUAGAAUCAUUUAGAAAUUCUUUGGUUGAAGAGGAUUGUAACCAAGAUGAUUAUAAUCAUGCUGAGAAAGUUUGGUCACAUUUUAAAUGUAGUAAUUUAAGAGAAUAUCUUGAACACUAUUUAAUUACAGACGUCUUAAUUUUAUCAGACAUUUUUGAAAAAUUUAGAAUUGAUUCUAGAACAAUUUAUGGUCUAGAUCCCUGUCACUAUUAUACAUUGCCAGGUUUUUCGUGGGAUGCUAUGUUGAAAGAAACAGGUGUUAAGCUUGAACUUUUGACAGACAUCAACAUGUAUAACUUUUUCGCUAAGGGUAUAAGAGGAGGUUUAACACAAUGUAGCUUGCGACAUUGUAAAGCAAAUAAUAAAUAUAUGGUUGAUUAUGAUUCAAGUAAACCAUCUGAUUACUUAAUGUACUUGGAUGCUAAUAACCUAUACGGUUGGGCCAUGUCUGAUUACCUCCCACAUUCAAACUUUAAAUGGGUUGAACCUCCAACUAAUUUAGAUGAUAUUAAAGGCUGGUUAAUUUCAAAUAUAAACAUUGGUUAUGUUUUAGAAGUGGAUCUCGAGUACCCCCUAGAAAUACAUGAUAAUCAUAAUGAUCUUCCAUUCUGUCCUUCAAACAUUUCAUUGUCUGGUAAAUCCGAUAAAAAAUUAAUUGCUGAUUUGAAUAAUAAAGUUAAUUAUAUAAUUCAUUACAAAACAUUAAUUCAAUGCCUUGAUAAUGGUUUGGUGCUUAAGAAAAUUCAUAGAGUGAUGCAAUUCAAACAAUCUCAAUGGCUUAAAAAAUAUAUUGAUUUAAACAAUGAACUAAGAAAAAAAGCCACCACAAAGUUUGAAAAGGAUCAGCGUAAACUUUGCAAUAAUGCUGUAUUCGGAAAAACUAUGGAAAAUGUAGACAAACGAAAAGAUCUUCGAAUUGUCGAUUCUUUAGAAAGCAAAGGUACCCAUCUCGGUAGUCGCGCUCUUAUAGCUAAACCUAAUUUUCAUAGUAUAUUAGAAUUUUCGGAAACCAUGGCUGCUAUUCAGUUAAAACGAAUUCACAGUGUAUAUAAUAAGCCUAUAUACUUAGGUUUUUGUGUUUUGGAGAUUUCAAAGUAUAAAAUGUACGACUUUCAUUAUGCAUACAUGAAACCUAAAUUUAAUGACAACCUACAUCUGGCCUACAUGGAUACCGAUUCAUUUAUUUAUAAAAUAAGAACAGAUGAUUUCUAUAAUGAUAUAAGAAAUGAUAUAAUAGAUAAAUUUGAUACUUCAGACUAUCCACCCCAAAACCGCUACGGUAUUGCCCAGCUCAAUGUUAAAAAGUUAGGAUUUAUGAAGGAUGAAAAUAAUGGUCUAAUAAUGAAGGAAUUUAUAGGAUUAAGAGCUAAAAUGUAUAGUAUAGACAUAGAAGAUGCAGCUCUAAUAAAAAAGGCUAAGGGUGUUAAAUCAUCAGCUGUAAAAAAAUGUCUUUACAAAAUUACAGAGACUGUUUGCAAACAAAACUUCUAUAGUAAAAUGUUGAACUUUAGAUCUAAACAUCAUACUAUAUACACUGAAUGUAUAAACAAAUUAUAG